ACAGUCCUCCGCGGUUGAUUGUAGAGAAAGCUAGCAGCUAGAGCUCUGGGUAGUCUGUCAGUCUUCAGCUAAAGCACAUACACAUGCAAGUACACUCUGCUGGGCGUUCGACUCUUGCGGAAAACCCUUUUAAAUGGCUGCAGGAGAACCUCACUUGGGAAUCCACGUGUGAUCGGGAAAGGAUGCCCUGCCCAUGCCACUGCUGCUGAUAUGCAGCUGAUAUACUGUAACCAUACCGCUGAGAGAAUAAUGACGUUCCUCAUUUUGAUUCUUGGAGCUGUUUUUGUGCAUAGUUGAAACUUAAAGAGCUCCAGCUCUGAAUUAAGCCAUUCUCAUUCAUUUUUUUAAACCACUGCAUUACAGUGUGGUGUAGCACACUGUUAUGAUUGUGGAGGACAAGUUUGCCAAAGGGAAUCCUUGCUGUUCUGGAUGAUUAGAGUGUUCUCUGUGAUCGAAGGCAGAGCAAGGAGGGCAGAGCCACUGCAAGACCCAUCAUGCCGCAGGAACACUAGGCUCCCUGUUUAGACUGUCUCUGUGUGGCACUUUUUUUCCCUCCUCCUGCAAUCUCAUCAGUCUGCUUUGUUAAGCACAGCGACUACUUUGAACCAAACCAGUGGUCGUGGUUCAGCAAAAGCUGAGGAACUUUUUUUUUUGCCACUAAUCUGAUUUAACAUUCUUGCCGUCUUCUCCCGGUGCUGAUGCUGUGGAUCCCGUCCCUGUGGUCUCCAGUAUGAUGAGUGAUGCCUUUGGGCAAUUUAGAAUUAGAACUGAAGAAAUAUUUCAUGUGCUAUUGGUUAAUUUAUAUAUUUCUUGUGCACUUUAAAAGACUGUGUUCCAGUUUUUCAAGGACCUUUAUACCACUGUGUUGGAAAAAAACACAACACAACUCAUUAAAGGCCAUUUGUUAAUUAAAAACCCUGAAAGGAGACUGUCCCAGAGGAGAAUGAAGCUAAGGAAACAAGUGACAGUGUUUGGAGGUGCCAUAUUCUGUGUGGCUGUGUUUUCUCUGUACCUGAUGUUGGAUCGAGUCCAACAUGACCCCGCAAGGCGACAGAAUGGGGGAAACUUUCCAAGGAGCCAGAUCUCAGUUCUGCAGAACCGGAUAGAGCAGCUGGAGCAGCUCCUGGAGGAAAACCACCAAAUCAUAAGCCACAUAAAGGACUCUGUGAUGGAGCUAACAGACACUGGAGCUGUGUCUCCCAGUGGCCACCUGCCAUUCAGAAGUGCCAAUGGUUCCUGGGUCUUGCCGUUUGACGGUCGCCCCACUUUCUUCGCUGUCAAACCACAAGAUUGCCAGUUUGCUAUGAGCAACCGUGGUCAAGCAGAUGUUCAGAUGCUGGACGUUUACUCCCUGCUCAAGUUUGACAACCCUGAUGGUGGUGUAUGGAAGCAGGGCUUUGAUAUCACCUACGACCCCAAAGAGUGGGACAAGGAGCCACUUCAGGUUUUCGUGGUCCCCCACUCGCACAAUGACCCAGGUUGGAUCAAAACGUUCGAUAAAUACUUUGUAGACCAGACACAGCAUAUUUUAAACAACAUGGUGGUGAAACUGCCUGAAGAUCCACGCAGGAAGUUCAUCUGGUCCGAGAUUUCUUUCUUCUCCAAGUGGUGGGAGACGGCAGAUGCACACAAACAGGAAGCUGUGCGCAAACUAAUCCACGGAGGGCAGCUAGAGAUUGUGACGGGAGGCUGGGUGAUGACUGAUGAAGCCAAUGUUCACUACUUUGCUAUGAUAGACCAGCUCAUUGAAGGACAUCAAUGGCUUGAAAAAAAUCUGGGCAUAACUCCUCAAAGUGGUUGGGCAGUAGAUCCUUUUGGUCACAGUGCUACAAUGCCAUAUCUCCUGAAGAGGGCAAACCUGACCAGCAUGCUCAUCCAGAGAGUGCACUACUCUAUCAAAAAGCACUUUGCGUCUACCCGCAGCCUAGAGUUUAUGUGGAGGCAGGCAUGGGACACUGGGUCAAGCACGGACAUGUUUUGCCACAUGAUGCCCUUCUACAGCUAUGAUGUACCCCACACCUGUGGGCCUGACCCAAAGAUCUGCUGCCAGUUCGACUUCAAGAGGCUACCAGGGGGUCGCAUCAACUGUCCCUGGAAAGUGCCACCGAAGUCUGUGGUGGAAGCCAAUGUAGCAGAGAGGGCGAAUCUGCUCCUUGAUCAGUACCGUAAAAAGUCUAAACUGUACCGCAGCAAGGUACUUCUCAUUCCACUGGGUGACGACUUCCGCUAUGACAAGGCGUUGGAGUGGGAUCAGCAGUACAUGAACUACCAGAAGCUGUUUGACUACAUGAACUCUCACCCUGAAAUGCAUGUACAGGCCCAGUUUGGGACUCUUUCAGACUACUUUAAUGCUGUGUACAAAGCACAGGGAGUGUCUCCGGGAUCCCGACCUACAGAUUUCCCAGUGCUGAGUGGGGAUUUUUUCGCUUACGCAGAUCGAGAAGAUCACUACUGGACUGGCUAUUUCACCUCCAGGCCGUUUUACAAAAGCUUGGAUCGUGUGAUUGAGUCACACCUGAGAGGAGCUGAGAUCCUGUACAGUCUGGCCGUCGCCAAUGCUCGACAUGCGGGCAUGGAAGGACGCUACCCAGUCUCGGAUUACGCCCUGCUAGUGGACGCGAGGCGGUCUGUCAGCCUUUUUCAACAUCACGAUGCUGUCACUGGCACUGCCAAAGAGAAUGUUGUGAUUGAUUAUGGCACCAGGUUACUACGUUCACUCAUUGGUCUGAAGAGAGUUAUCAUCAACGCUGCUCAUUUCUUGGUGAUGAAGAACAAAGAGUUUUAUCGCUUUUACCAGACGGAGCCUUUCUUGGAGACAGAUGAUAGACGCGCAACUCAAGACUCUCUGCCUCAGCGAACUUUAAUCGAGGUUGACACAGCAGGCCCCAGGUACCUGGUUCUUUUCAACCCUGUUGAGCAGGAGCGCCUGUGUGUGGUGACUGUGCUUGUGAACACAGUCAGGGUGAGGAUACUCACUGAAGAUGGACAGACCCUCCCUGUGCAGCUGAGCGCUCAAUGGAGCACUGCCACUAAAAUAAGUGCAGAAGUGUUUGAGGCUACGUUCAUGGUGCGUCUGCCGCCCCUUGGCCUUGCGGUUUUCCACGUCUAUGACUCUCCAGAUUCACCCAUGACAAUCAGAUCUGACACACUUCUCCGACUGCCUGGAAGGAACGCAGCUGCUCAUGCGGAGGACCCUCUUCCUGUUCGCUCUCAGCUGUCUGACUCACAGACCUUCUACAUCAGCAGUCAGUCUCUCACACUUGGCUUCUCAGGAACCACAGGCCUGUUGGAGAGUAUAAAGUAUAAAGAUGAUCCGCAGGAGGUAAAGGUUCAAAUGCAGUUUGUGGUUUAUGGUACUCGCCCAUCGAAGGACAAAAGCGGGGCUUACCUCUUCCUCCCCGAUGGCAAGGCUAAGCCCUACCACCAGAAAGAACCCGCAGUAGUGCGUGUGGUCGAAGGUCCUCUCUUCUCGGAGGUGGUGGCACAAUACCAGCAUUUUCAGCAGAACAUUCGCAUCCACAAUGUUCCAGGAGUGGAUGGGCUGUCUCUAGACAUCACGACCAUGGUGGACAUAAGAGAUCUGAUCAAUAAGGAGCUGGCCAUGCGACUGGUCACCGACAUCCAAAGUGGAGAUGUUUUCUACACAGACCUCAAUGGUUUCCAGGUGCAGCCACGUCGUCGCCACAUGAAACUGCCAUUGCAGGCCAACUUUUAUCCCAUGCCGAGUCAGGCCUACAUCCAGGACAGUCAUCAUCGCCUCACGCUGCACACAGCUCAGUCUUUGGGGGUCAGCAGCUUGGAGACUGGUCAGCUUGAAGUGAUUAUGGACCGACGACUAAUGCAGGAUGACAAUCGUGGCCUGGGCCAGGGAGUCAAGGACAAUAAAAAGACGGCUAACCGUUUCCGUCUGCAGCUGGAGCGCAGGUCCACAGGCAACCAGCAUGAUGGUGUUUUUGCCAGACUGUCCUCAUUGUUUAGUUCAUUCGUCUCCAUGUUCCUAACUGAUGGAGUUCAAGAGAUGAGGGACAGCACAACAACAAGCUUCCCAUCGAUACUGAGCCACAUGACCAACGCCAUCCUGAAUCACGAGGUGUUGGCGUUGCCUGUUCUGCCCAAAAGACGGGGCAUUCCACCUUUGCAAACUUUCGCUCCCCUCAAGUCCAUCCUUCCUUGUGACUUCUUCCUCGUGAACCUGCGCAGCAUCCAGAGCCAGUCGGACCCACAUUUACCGUCUCCACAUACAGCCUUAAUCGUUCACCGCCUGGCAAUGGACUGUGGCCUUGAAUCUCAAAACCUGGGUUUCAACUGCACCACCACCCAAGGACAGCUUAACAUUUCGGGCCUUUUUAAGAAUCUAGACCUGCAACUCCUCCAGCCCAUGUCCUUGACUCUGAUGCAUCCUGGGAUGCCGCUGGCCAACGACUCCAUUGUCAGUCUGGACCCCAUGGAGAUUUCAGCCUUUAAAGUCAAACUUUGCUAAGAGCUGUCCUGACUAGAAAAAACAACAAUAAUAAAAAAAAUACAAAUAAAACCCAGUCAACUCUUCAGACCAAAAGCCAGGCCUGGGUUGGGCCACAGAGUGUACUGCAGGACCCUGGGUUUGGCUAUAUGACUCAAACAGAACCAGAAGCACCUACAGGAAAGGGGGACACUUCACUGCAACAGUACUGAGUGAACAGCAGGGGGCAGAGAGUCGCUGUUCCACAGCAGCAGCAGCAGUGAUGUAAACUGUUAGCUGAAGAUCAGCUGAGGAGGCUGUAGUAGCUUGUCAGAUGCAUCA